ACCAGUAGGAAACAACUAUUCCUCAAGGGAGUGGUUGGAACUAACAGGCCUUGAAACUGACACUCAAAAUGGCUUUCCUUGCUUCCUGUUGGCUUAUCAUCGAAUCUAUUGUCAUCCCAUACGGAUAUUUUCUGAAGUGGUUUUAUUUGAGCUUCUAUAUUCAUCCUGUUUUUCUUUUUGCCUGCCAGAUUUUUCUAUGGCUCAAAUUUCUGAAAAGUUGUGUUGUAUCUGUAUUCAUUUAUCCUUUUAGAAUCAUUUGCUUUUUGGGUUCAUAUGUUUAUAAAUUUUUUAGAUAUUGUAUGAUCUAUAUCUUCUCUUUUAUUAAAGUAACCAACUUGCAAGUAGUUGAAAAGGUUGGUUCCAACUUAGAAUUGGAAGCUGUAGAUAAUAUUAGUCGAAAUCAUCUUGUUACCUUUAGCAUUUGUUCAAGCAUACCACCAAUUCCAUGCAAGACUGAAUUGGUUGAACUUCAGAGGGAUGAAUUUGAAGAUGCUAAUGGCUGUGAAGAUAAUGAAAUUCUUCCUGAAAGAGAGAAUCCAGAUAUGGAAGACUGGAGCUUUUAUCUUCACAAAGACUUGAGUGCGGAUGAUUGUUCAUCUUCCUUUCGCAUCUCUUCUCCAUCAUUGGAUGAAGCAUAUUUGAAUGAAUAUUCAUCCCUGUAUAGUUCCUUGAGCUCACCAUUCAUGAAAGAAUAUUCAUUCCCAGAUGGCGGCUCUGGUUCUCCAGUUUUGGAGAGGGAAGUAAUAACCACAGCAAGAGAUGAUGAUGAAUCAGAAGAAUUUUACAAGAAAUAUUCUGAAACAAUGGGAUGGUUUGAUGUGCUAAACUACGAGAGGACCAGGGGAAUAAGUGCAAUCUUGAACAAGGAAGUGGGAAUUCCAAGUUCCUUGGAGAAUAUCAAGGCCAAGGAUUUCUCAAUCCCCUACAUAUCGUUGAGCAAAAUGGAUAAAAAGAAGCUCUUAAAAAGUUUACAGAGUGAUUUUGAGCUUGUUUAUGUGGCUCAAUCAUGCUUGACCUGGGGGGCCCUGCAUCAUCAAUACAGAAAGGUAAAGUUUCUGACCUUCUCCAACUCCUUGUUUUCUGAUAAUGUGGCUGGGGAUUUCCAAAACUUCCAAGUCUUGCUUGAAAGAUUUUUGGAAGAAGAAAGGUAUAUUUAUCAGGGAAACAGAGCUUGGAAUUAUGUUCAAGCAAGAUUUGCUUCCAAGAGCCUUCUUCAAGUUCCUAAAGUGACAGGGUUUUUGGAGGAAGAAAAGCAAGGGAUUAAAGGAGAAACAGUGGACGCAAAAGAUGUGUUGAAGGCCAUAGAGAAAUGCAUAGAGGCAUUUGGAAAAUUUGUAACAACUGACAAGAAAAAGCAUUUGUGGAAAUUAAAAAGUUCAUUAUGGUCUUUGCCCCCAGUGGAGGAUCCAAGAGACUUGGAGCUACUAGCUGACCUGACCAAAAGACUCCAACAGAAGCAACUAUGGUUGAAAGAUUUACAAGGGAAACAAAGGUGCUGGUUUAAAAAGGCUGUGAACCCAGUGGAAGAGUCCCAGAAAGAGGCAGUGUUGUUUACAAUGAUAGAAAUGAAGCUGUUAUCAAGGGUAUUGCAGAUGUCAAUUUUAUCCUCUUCUCAACUCAAAUGGUGCCAGCAAAUGCUAAACAACAUUGAAUUCAAAAGAGGGAGGCUUUUCAGGACUGUCAGUGGUCCUCUUUUCCCAUCUUCUUGAUUUUCAGCUUCAUGAUAAAAAAAAAAUUUCCAAUUUUAGGGGUUCUCAUUUAAUCUAAAAUCUGCUCCACAUAUAAAAGACAAGGCUGAGCUUUUGUGCAUAUGUUAAAUAUAUAAAUUAAUCUAAGUACAUGUAUAAACAACAAAAGCCAAGAAGGCAUCAUGUAAUAAUGUCAGUUUU